CAAACAUUAACUUUCUUUGAUCUUUCUCACCGACAUUCUCUUCGAUCAGUCUAAGCGCAUGUAUACAUUCUCGCAAUUCAGGGUUUUGGAAGGAUUUAUCUCUGUGAUCAGAUAAUUUGGGGCUUCUAUCUCCCCUAGGGUUCUAGUCCAUUCUGUGACAGAUUAAGAAUUGGGCUCGGAAUUUUGGAUUUUCUCUCUCUCUCGUAUGGUUUUUACUCAGUUCGGAAAUAAGAAGCAGGCCAGGGGUAUCGAUUUUCAUCCUAGGGCUUGUUAUAGCAUAAAGUUCGUUUUUUUUUUUUUUUUGCUUCAUCAGCGAUUCUAGAAUCUGCAAUUCAGUUUUAGGGUUUUGAUCUUAUUUUGCUCACCUAGGGUUUCUAUUUCUGCUCUUUCCCAAAUUUGAAGAAUCAGAGAUUGGAAGCUCUAUGUCAUAGGGUUUUAUUUGCGGUGUUCAUUUUGAAAUUACAAAACUUGGAGUUCCAGAGCUCCAUGUUCUAGAGUUUUGAUCGGUAUCUACAACUGAGCCAAGAGAACCCUGAAUUGGGAAUUGAGUUCUCUCUCUCUCUCUCUCUCUCUCACUUGGGGUUUAUUCGGAUCGAUAAUCGGCCAUGGCUUCGUACAGGCCCUUCCCUCCACAAACCUCAUUCGCCCCGCCACCAAAUCAAAAUCCCCUUCCACCACCACAGCCACCACCACCACAAGCACAUCCACCGCACCAUCGAGCUCAGUUCAAUCAGAAUUGGGGUGGGUAUAGUGGUGGUGGUGGUGGUGGUGGUGGUAGUGGUGGUGGUAGUGAUGGGUCUAUUCCCUCAGCUACUCUUCCUCCACCUUCUUCAUAUCCCCCAAACUACAACACCACCCAAAUGCAACCCAAUUCCAAUUAUCACCACCAACAUUACGGCCUGCCGAGAGGUCAACAGCACCCUCCACCUCCUCCUCACCAGCAGUAUCCCUAUCAGCCACCGCCGCCUCCUCCUGAGUCUUCGUACCCGCCUCCGCCCCCGCCCCCAGCACCUUCUAUGCCACAAAAUUCGGUGAAUAUGCAGCCCCCAGCAGCUCCUAUGUAUUAUCCGUCUAAUCAGUAUAAUCAGUACAGUCAUCAGCAAAUGCAGCCAAUGCGGCCACCACCUCCGCCGCCACCGCCCUCCUCUCCACCUCCGAGUUCUUCGAUUCCACCACCACCUCCCCCGAGUUCACCACCUCCUCCUCCUGCCCAUUCGCAUAAUAAGGAGAGUGGAGCAGAUAGGGGGUCCCAUGAGCGUGAUAAAGGGGCUUCCAAGGAGGUAUUGGCUUCCGGAAGGCGAGAGCAUGGGUAUUCGAAUCAUGGGGUUCCUCCUAAACAGCAGCAGAAGCCCCCGGUCCCUCUGGUGCCGGUGAAGAAAUCAAAUGGGCCUCCGGGGAGGGUGGAGACAGAGGAAGAGAGGAGGUUGAGGAAGAAGAGAGAGUUUGAGAAGCAAAGGCAAGAAGAGAAGCAAAGGCAGCAGUUGAAGGAGUCCCAGAACACUGUUCUGCAAAAGACCCAGAUGUUGUCUUCUGCAAAGGGGCAUGGUUCGAUUGUGGGGUCACGGAUGGGGGAGAGGAGAGCUACUCCACUUUUGAGUGGUGAGAGGAUCGAGAAUAGAUUGAAGAAGCCUACAACAUUCUUGUGCAAGUUGAAAUUUCGCAACGAACUCCCAGAUCCAAGUGCACAGCCAAAGCUUAUGGCUAUGCAGAAAGAUAAAGAACUAUAUACAAAAUACACAAUUACGUCUUUGGAGAAAACUUACAAGCCCAAACUUUUUGUCGAGCCAGACUUGGGGAUACCUCUUGACAUUCUUGACCUCAGUGUAUACAACCCUCCCAGUGCUAGACCACCCCUUGCUCCAGAAGACGAGGAAUUGUUGCAUGAUGAUGUAGCAGUGACCCCUGUAAAGAAUAAUGGCAUAAGAAAAAAAGAAAGGCCUACUGAUAAAGGUGUUGCCUGGCUUGUUAAAACACAGUAUAUAUCUCCUCUUAGCACGGAGUCAGCAAAGCAGUCUUUAACUGAGAAGCAAGCAAAAGAACUAAGAGAAAUGAAGGGAGGCCGUAACAUUUUGGAGAACCUUAACAAUAGAGAACGACAAAUCAAGGAAAUAGAAGCCUCGUUUGAGGCAUGCAAGUCACGCCCUAUUCAUGCAACAAAUAAAGAUUUAUAUCCUGUAGAGGUUCUGCCUUUGUUGCCUGAUUUUGAUCGGUACGACGACCAAUUUGUUGUUGUGGGAUUUGAUAGUGCUCCUACUGCUGAUUCAGAACUUCACAGCAAGUUGGACCAAACUGUUCGUGAUGCCUAUGAGUCACAGGCCAUUAUGAAGAGUUAUGUGGCAACAGGCUCAGAUGCAGAUAAAUCAUUUUUGGCGUACAUGGUUCCUUCUCCAGAUGAGUUAUCCAAGGAUAUGUAUGAUGAACACGAAGAUAUCUCAUACUCUUGGGUUCGCGAAUACCAUUAUGAAUUUCGUCUUGAUAAUGCGGAUGACCCCACAACAUACCUUGUUUCUUUUGAUGAAGCAGAAGCACGCUAUUUGCCUCUUCCGGCAAAACUUGUUUCAAGAAAAAAGAGGGCCAAAGACGGAAGAUCUAGCGAUGAGGUUGAACACUUCCCCAUACCCUCUAGAGUGACUGUAAGGCGAAGGUCAGCUGUUGCUGCGGUUGAACUGAGGGAUCCCGAGGUUUAUUCCAAUUCAAAGGGCAGUUCCUCAAAUUCUAAAAGGGGAGGAUUAGACGUUGAAGAUGGUCUUGGAAGACCACAGAAGGUUUCACGACAUAAUGAUAUUGAUCAGUACAGUGGAGGAGAAGAUGAAAUGUCAGAUUGAUUUUCAUCUAAUCCAAAUGCUGCUGCCUCGAAAUGGCAGAUUGCUUUUGUUUUAUUAUUGUGCUAGAUGCUGCAGAGGAGUAAGGUAAAAUAUUUGAUGUAUCUUUUAUAUGUUCAUUCCAAUCUCCAGUUCAUCUAUAUAAGCAUAUUUUCAGAUUGUAGCUGAUUCUAGUUUGACAUAGGGUUUUCCUUUUAACACCAUGGAAGGAAAAAAAAAAAAAAAAGAAGAAGAAAAAUAGGUACUGUAAAAAGAAGUCAAGAUGUAAUAGAAUUUUGUUUUGAUUUCUCUAACGAGUUCAUUAAAAUCAUUGAAAAGAUGUAGUCCUUUCCAGCAAUGAUGGUUAUUAUUUCUUUACUCUCUUCUCCAUUUAGAUGUUUGGAAUGGCGAUCAGUGUUUUAUACUAUUUGGUGCUUGCUUUCAUAUUGAGCAUAGAUUUUUGUGCUCAUUA